AUGUUGACAACAAAGAAGAUGUUUACCGAGCACCUGCUGACGCUUGUGCUCACGCUAAGCUUGCUGCGGGUUGAUCCCGAGAACUACCUCGAUCUGCACUGGAGUGCUGGUGGUCGGCUUGCCAGUGUCGGCGAUGGCGACUGGCAAUUGGAACCGCUGGCCGCCCCGGUUUACUCGAACAGAUCCUAUGUGAGCCGCAAGUUCCUGCCACCGAUCAUCGAAGAUCUGUCACGCUUCGAGCAGCCCUUUAUCGAGCCAAAUUAUCGCGGCUUGCAAACGUACCUGCUGAACAUUCAGGCCACUGAGGAUACCGCAUCAUCUACCGGAACAAUUGUCGAAGAAAGGCCACCGUCUCCACUUCCAGCGGGAGGCGGGACGACGAUGCCGAACGCUCACAAUGUCACUGUUUCACCGGUGCUGGCCAAUGUGCUGACGAAUUUCGAUGUCGAUGCUGAAGACAUUUUCCUCAACGGCGAUCUGUUCGUGGAAAGCACUUCGGUGAUAGAGCAGAAUAUGGCAGAUUUGAACGAUUACGAUACAAUCUUGCUGGAGAAUCCGACUGCCAAAUUCGACCCCGAAGCAGUGGUGCACGAUAUCGAAGAUACCAUACUCAGGGCACGGUCGUUAAUGAACUCGGCGAAUGAGUUCAUGAAAAAGGAGGACUCAGAAGAGGCCGCCGCCGCCACAACAAGUUCCUCGACAACAUCCGAUGCAACGCGAAUGCUUGGCGCUGCGGUCAAUCAAACGCAUCAGCGACACGAUCAUGGCGAACAGGAACAAGGUGCUAUUAAGAAUGCACCGGCUGCGUUCAAUCGGAGCGAUCGAGCGAAUACGCAGCAGAAACACUUAGUGAGCACUGAUUUGGAUAGUGAAGAUGAGGAGAAAUGUGUCCUUACGUCCGAUAAAAGCGAACCAAAAAGCCCCCUACCGAACGGUGGUCCAGCGCAAGACCUAACGCAAGAGGAAAUGGAUCUAAUCGAAGUGCUCUGGAAACAAGAUGUCGAUCUUGGAUUUACCCUGACGAAUGCCGCAAUCAGCACAGCCAACGUCAGGGACACGGCACACUCGUCUAUUGCCGAUGGGGCCGCUGCUAGCAUCAAACCCGACAGUGAUGACGAUUUAGAGAAGCUGAAAGCCUUGCUCGAGAUAAAAAAUGACAAGAACAUCGAUGGAGAAAAGCAACGCGAUGUCGCGGAUGAUAGCAGCUUGGACCCCUGGGCUGGAUUAUCGUACACGAUUGACACGGAAACGGGCGAGUACGUGGUUAACAGUUCGGACAUCGACAACAGUCUGCCUCCACCGUUGGCGGAUUUAUUUCUGGCCGAAGGUUUAACACUUCCGGAUCUCGGAGGAUCAGUGGAGGAGACUAUCGGCGAAAUAAAAUCGAACGAUUGCAGGGACGAUCAGGCAACGGAGGACGAGCAAGAUCCGGAGAUUGCUGAGGUUCAGCGCAUCGAGCAGGCAUUGCAGGUUUCGGUGGAAGAAAUUUGUCUAGGUUCCACAUCGCCUGCCGAUUGCAGCAGUUUGUUGAGUGACACCGACGAUAUUGCCGGUGUUGGAGAGGACCAAGCAUCAGUGGCUGCGGCAACGGCAGCGGAAGCCCUCGACGCUCCGGCAACCGAUGAACUAGAGGAUUUGCUCUGCGAUAUGAUGAUACAAACGUCGUCUCACUUCCAACAUCCCCGCCAGAACACGCAAGGCUAUGGGCACGGUAUGAGCAGCUUCCGCCAGACGACGGCCGGUGGCGCGGGCUACCACCACCAUCACCACCAUCAUCACCACCAUCAUCAAUCCCGUGUGCCGUUGAGCCGAGCGGUUUCGAUGGAGCAACGCUGGCAGGACCUGGCGAACCUCCUGAGUUUCCCACCGGGCAUGGGCGUCGGAAUGGGGGUCGGCGAUAUGGCACCUUCGCAUCCGUCGCACGCCCAUGCCCAUUACCCGGCACACUAUCCCUCGUAUCAGCCAAGUGGUGGGCUAGGCCCCCAGCAUGGUCAGUACCACCCGUCGCACCCCGCCGUACUGCAGAAUGCAUCGCUGGCCGAUAUCUCACCGGCUCAGCCACACUACGGCGCGAACCUGGGCACGGCCGUGGCCACCAGCAUGCAUCUGACGAACUCGACGUCCGAGACCGAUGCCGGCACGUCGGGCUACAAAAUGGAUCCGGAGAUGAUGUACUACUCGAACGGCACAACGUCGGAAAUGAAUCACACCGAUGGGUUUUUGAAUUCCAUUCUGAACGACGAGGACCUGCAGCUGAUGGACAUUGCCGUCAACGAAGGUAUGUACACCAUGCGCAUGCUGGAGCACAAUGGCACCGGAGGAGGUGGGGCCCCCAACGCGUCGAUGCUGGGUGCCUCGAACCUGAUGGGCCACAGCGGUGGCCAUCAUCUGCCACUGAUGGCCGGUGGUGGUGGUGGCGCGGUUGGCGGCGGUAAUCUGCACAGCGCCAUGAACGUCAGUGCACUAGUCAACGGAUCGGCCACCGGUGCCACGUCCGCAUCGUCCGGUGGUGGCGCAACGGCGGCCGGUGGUUCGGGAACGCCCGGUGAUCGGUUGGAUGCCUCCAGUGACAGUGCCGUCAGUUCGAUGGGAUCCGAGCGGGUCCCCUCGCUGUCGGACGGCGAGUGGGGUGACGGUGGUAGCGACAGUGCGCAGGAGUACCACAACGGAAAGUACGGUGGACCGUUCGAUUACAGCUACAACCAAACGAAUGGGGGGCAAGCGGGCCGCAUGGGUGAGCACGGCUCACGGCAGGGGCCGCCGGUGGCCCAGAAGAAGCACCACAUGUUUGCGAAGCGCUACUUCCAGGAACAGAACACCACCGUUCCGGCGAUUCAUCCUUCGCCGUCCAACGGGGCGGCCCCGAGCGGCCCGAAUGCGCCCGGUGCACCGAACGCCACGGCCGGCGGCAUCGAUGGUGCUGGUGGUGGAGGCGGAGGUGGUGGUGGCGGUGGUGGGGGAGGCACUGCUGGUGGGGCCGGUGGCGUGCUGCUACCGACGGCCAUCAAGUACGAGUACGACUACAUGAACGUGGUGGUGGGUGGAACGACGCCGUCCACCAUCGGAACCGGGCUCGAUGUUCCGACCAAACAGGAAGAUCACUCGCAGCACCUUCUGCAGCAGCAGCAACAGCAGCACCACCAUCACCACCACAACGGAACGCACCUGGAGGCCACGUCCGGGGCGGCUGCUGCAGCUGCAGCCGCUGCCGCCGCAUCGGCACUGACCGACAUGAAGUACCCGUACGGACUUGAUUUCCCCGCCCGGAGCCACCAUUCGGCCGCGAUGGGCCGCUCGCCAUUGCAGCCACCGGAAAUGGUUCACCACAACCACACGUACACGCUCCCGUACGGUCCGUCGUCGGCCACCAGCGCCGCCGGGCACCAUCCGGGUGCCAAGUCGCAAUCGCGUGACAAAUCGCGUGGCAGCAGUGGACGGAAGGCGGAAGAGGAGCACCUGACGCGCGAUGAGAAGCGGGCGCGGGCGCUCCAGAUUCCGAUCCCGGUGCACGACAUCAUCAACCUGCCGAUGGACGAGUUCAACGAGCGGCUGUCGAAGUACGAUCUGAGCGAAACGCAGCUUUCCCUCAUCCGGGACAUCCGCAGGAGGGGUAAGAACAAGGUGGCCGCCCAGAACUGCCGCAAGCGCAAGCUCGACCAGAUCGUCACGCUCGCGGACGAGGUGAAGGACAUGAAGAUGCGCAAGGAGCGGUUACUGCGCGACCGCGAGAUGGUCCUGUCCGAGCACAAGCGCAUCCGGGACAAGUUUUCGGUGCUCUAUCGGCACGUCUUUCAGAAUCUGCGCGACGCCGAUGGAAGCCCGUACUCGCAGGACCACUACAGCCUGCAGCAAAGUGCCGAUGGUGCCGUGGUGCUGGUGCCGCGCAACUCGGAGCGACCGACCACGAACGGGCUUGUUAACGGUGGCGGGCUAGCCGGUAGCUCGGGAACGGGUACGGGCCCACUGACGCAGCAUUCGGCCAACGGGCACCAUCCGCACCAUACGCACGCGCUUCACCAUUCGCACCUGCAUCAGCACGCACACCUGCAGCACCAUAUGCCGCAUCAUGGCAUCGGAGGGGGACUGGUCGGCGGUGCAGCCGCAUCGAUGGCCGGUGGGGCGGCCAGCACCAUGAACGGUGCCAGUAGCAGUAGCAGCAACAGCAACGGUGCCGGGGGUAGUAGCAGUACCGGCGCCGGUUCCCUCAACGGAACGACGGUGCACCAGCAGCGUUCCAAGGAGUAGUGCCGCUUCGGGGCGUGUGGCAUUUUCGCUGGAUUCCUUAGCUCCGGGUUGGUCCCGGCAAAGUCCCGUGCCACGGAAGAUCAGUGUAGCGACAAACUCUUCCUAGCGUUUGGGACGUUCAAUCCGUAGGGGGGCCCUUCCUUUAUCUCUCAUCCCUAUAUUGGCUUUAUUGACAGUCUGAUCCGAUGCCGAGAUCUCUCUUGGGAUGCCGGGUCAGUCGGGAAGCCCAGAAUUUGCUAAGCAAGCAAUCGCCCCAAUUGCCCCCACCCAACCGCUUUCCUGUGGACAGUUUUGCUCUAUGAUUUGUUUGGCGACGCAGCACGUGAUAGAGGCCCCUUCCGGCCAAUCAGACUGAUCAGGGGUGUCUCUCGGCAGGGAGCAAGUGAUUACGGUGGCUGCUGCGAUGAUCUCGCCCCGACCCCUCCUUGUGAGGCCACAGCGUUUAGAAAUGGUGCGUACGAACAUUCCCGCCCCAGAUAAUGGGCCCCUUCUUCUGGGCAAAGACCCCACACCACUCGCAGUUCGGCUUCCGCCGUUAGGCAGCAAGGGAAACGAAACAGGGAAUAGUCGAACGAUGGUUACUGAUUGCCACACCCCAAAACUCAGUGCACCAUGGUAACGCAGGAGGAAAACAAAUGGCGACACAAGUAGAAUCGACCGAUGCAGCCAGCUCUCUCUGCCUCUGUCUCUGCUCUGGGACAGUACAACUGAACUGCCAUGCAGGGACACGGAGGUCGGGGGUCGUUGGCGCAGAUGCAGAUUGGGGCGCUGGGUUGUAAUCACCACCAUCAGCACCACCUUAGUGUUGGUCAUCACACUCUGGAGCACGGGUUGUGCUGCUGGUUAGCAACGAAGCCGGUUGCUAUGCGCCAACUAAACUUAAAAGCUAAGACUAGUACUUGUAAUUACUACUGCUACUACUACCUACCACCAUUACUGCAACAGAAAGUACAUUUUUAAGCUUAUGCGACUGUUGCUGCAGCUACGCCGCCAACGCCGGGUCUGAUGUGAUGGAUAAAUUCAUAAUUAACAUUAAUAUUAUUAUUUUGUACAUACAGAACACAGUAGAGGUGACAAAGGUAGGCUUUCCGCAGAAGGGAUAAUAGCUUUCUGGUGCGAUUAUAAUUUUGUAAAGCGUUUGCAACGCAAACACAAAGUCCUGCGCCUGCAAUAGAGAACUAGUUUAUGAUUCCUUAAACGCCCAAACCUAGAAGUAAGGCAGAUUGAGGUGAACAGUAUGUUGGUAGAAGAGAAUUUGUAAAGAACAUCAGCGGAUUGGAAUGAACAGGAUAAUUUACAGUUACUAAUCGGUGGAGAGAAUUUAGGUUGUAGUCGAGCUUUAAUAAGUAACCGAGCGGAGGUCAGAACUAACACACCCCUGGCCAAGGUGGCAAUGGUAGAAACCACGAACCGAGAGGAUGUAAAAAUAUGUGUAACCAACGUAAAACAAAACCACAGCUGCGUUGGCGCGCUAGUCGUGCGCUCAGGUGCAACUGCCCCCUUUCUGGCCGUUGCGCUGCCGCGGUGCUCCAUUGUUUGUAGUGAAGCAUUUUGUCAGCAACUAUCGAUAAACGCUACUAUUUAUUUGAUUUGCUCAGUUUUUUGUGCAACAACAAUAACAACAACUACAACGAUAUACUUAUAGUGCUAGCUUCUAAGGUCCGGAGCGCGCCACGCACCAACAGAAUUAGUUCGCCGUGCCGUCGUGAGAAAAAUCGCAACAAACCCCACAAUGAGCAUGAUUUAGCACAUACCAAAUGGCGGCGCGCCAUUCAGUUUCGAUUACAUGUUACGCACCCACCGGCACCCUCCUCUCGGGAGCGAUGGAUCGUAUCGUAAUAUUGCUGUGGAUGUUUUGUUUUUUUUCUUAUCGUUUUUUUUUCUUCUAUAGUUUUUGGUUGUUCUUGUAAGCUUUGGAUUGCGGAAAACAAAAAAAAAUAUAUAGAAUCAGUAAGAAGGAAUACAUUUAUCUUACUUCGUU